AUGUUGAAAAAUAAGAAAUAUUUGUUCAAAAGAUAUAUAAAAAAUUCAAGUCAGGAAAAUUAUAAGAAAUUUUCAAACGUCAGUGAACAGUGUAAAAAAAUGGUUUCAUUCCAGAAAAAACAGUACGGCCAUGAACUGAUAAAUAAUAGUAAAAGUGGCUGCAAAAAAACAUGGUCCAUUAUUCGCAAUAUAUUAAAUAAAAAUAAUUGUGACAAAGAUAGGAAUAGCAAACUGAUGUCCAAUGGGCAGCACUUAAAUUCACCUGAAAAAUUAAAUAAAUAUUUCACAGAAUUGGCUCAAAAUGUACAAAGUUCAUUGCCAAAGAGCUCUAUACGGAAAGAUAUGAUUAUAAAAUCAGUGAAUGUACCAAAUUCAUUUUUUUUGCUGGAAACAUCGUCUUCAGAGAUUAUUGAGGUUACUAAAUUGUUGAAGUGCAAAUCGUCUUAUGGUUAUGAUCACAUUUCAAUGAAAAUAGUGAUUUCCACAAUCGGGGUCCAAGAAGCUGGAACCACGUUUUACAAAUGGGUUUUCCUGUGGAUAUCUUUAAUGUGA